GCGUGGGAGGGUCCGCGGGGCGGGCCGGGGAGGUCCCGGCGGAGGAUGGGGCAGUGAGCAGGUCCGCGCGGCUGCCGGCAGCGCCAUGGAGACGGUGCAGCUGAGGAACCCGCCGCGGCGGCAGCUGAAGAAGUUGGAUGAAGAUAGUUUAACGAAGCAACCAGAAGAAGUGUUUGAUGUCUUGGAGAAACUUGGAGAAGGGUCCUAUGGCAGUGUGUACAAAGCUAUUCAUAAAGAGACGGGUCAGAUAGUCGCAAUUAAGCAAGUUCCUGUGGAAUCAGACCUGCAGGAAAUAAUCAAAGAAAUCUCUAUAAUGCAACAGUGUGACAGCCCUCACGUCGUCAAAUAUUAUGGCAGUUACUUUAAGAACACUGACCUGUGGAUUGUCAUGGAGUACUGCGGGGCUGGCUCUGUGUCCGAUAUCAUCCGCCUCCGAAAUAAGACGUUAACAGAAGAUGAAAUAGCUACGAUAUUACAGUCAACACUCAAAGGACUAGAAUACCUUCAUUUUAUGAGAAAAAUACACCGAGAUAUCAAAGCAGGAAAUAUUUUGCUAAAUACAGAAGGACAUGCGAAACUUGCAGAUUUUGGUGUGGCAGGUCAACUUACAGAUACCAUGGCCAAGAGGAAUACAGUGAUAGGAACACCAUUUUGGAUGGCUCCAGAAGUGAUUCAGGAAAUUGGGUACAACUGUGUGGCAGACAUCUGGUCCCUGGGAAUAACGGCUAUAGAAAUGGCUGAAGGGAAACCCCCCUAUGCCGACAUUCACCCGAUGAGGGCGAUUUUCAUGAUUCCUACGAACCCUCCUCCCACCUUCCGGAAGCCGGAGCUGUGGUCGGAUAGCUUCAUGGAUUUUGUGAAGCAGUGUCUGGUGAAGAGCCCCGAGCAGAGAGCCACGGCCACUCAGCUCCUGCAGCACCCUUUUGUGAAGAGUGCCAAAGGAGUGUCCAUACUGCGGGACCUCAUCAACGAAGCCAUGGACGUGAAGCUCAAGCGCCAGGAGGCCCAGCAGCGAGAGGUGGACCAGGACGAUGAAGAAAACUCAGAUGAGGAGGAAGUGGAUUCUGGCACGAUGGUGCGGGCGGCCGGCGAGGAGAUGGGCACUGUCCGAAUCGCCAGCACCCUGAGCGACGGAGCCAAUACCAUGAUUGAGCACGGGGACACGCUGCCCUCCCAGCUGGGGACCAUGGUGAUCAACGCGGAAGACGAGGAGGAGGAGGGGACUAUGAAAAGAAGGGAUGAGACUAUGCAGCCUGCGAGACCGUCUUUCCUGGAAUAUUUUGAGCAAAAAGAAAAGGAGAAUCAGGUCAACAGCUUCGGUCAGAGUGUGCCUGGCCCCCUGAAAAACUCUUCGGAUUGGAAAGUGCCCCAGGAUGGCGACUACGAGUUUCUCAAGAGUUGGACCGUGGAGGACCUGCAGAAGCGACUGCUGGCCCUGGACCCCAUGAUGGAGCAGGAGAUCGAAGAGAUCCGGCAGAAGUACCAGUCCAAGCGGCAGCCAAUCCUGGAUGCCAUCGAGGCAAAGAAGCGGCGGCAGCAGAACUUCUGAGCAGUGCUGGCCCCGUGCGGGGGGAGCUCGUGUCCACACUGACCUUGGGGGCAUGGGGGUCCAGGCCGGGCCGGCGUCUCUGUGUGCGU